AUGUCGGCCCCCUUGUGGCUGCAGUUUACCGGUCAACAACCGAAGCGCAAACGGGCAGAGCUAGCUUGCAUUGCAUGUCACAGCAAGAAAAUCAGAUGUGACCUUCAAACGCGAGGGGGCCAGGGGUACAACAAUUGUACCAAGUGUGCGACUGCUGGUAAAGACUGCCGAACCAGACCAUCUCGACGAGGUCGAUCAUCAAGGCUCUCUCCUCCGCCGUUAACACCACCAGACAGCAAUGCUAGUGACCACACCAAGGCAGGGCGGAAGAAUCAAGCCCCUGGUUCGAAUAAAGCACCAUCAAACCCUGCCGAAGAUCUGGAUGCUCAUAGCAACAGCCACAAUAACAUCACCUUGGGUGAAAAUAACGACCUAAUUGGCUUUUCCCCAAACAUACAACCGGAUCCAAUCCUAUCAACAUCAUUACAAAAUAAGCACACGGCAGGAGAAAAUGUGGUCGAAUGGAAUUUGAUGAACAAUACAUCGCCAGCUGAAAUCACUGGAGAAAGGACCACCCGGCCGCUACAUGGAACCAUCCCCAAUGAUUCACCUGCCACCCAAGCCACCCAACGAACAGAGGAUCAUUCAGAGCACAAUGACAGUUAUCCUGUCGGCCAUGUCUUUCUUCCAGAGCUUCAGACCAACGCAAGAGAUCAAGAACGCCAGAUAGCCGAAAGACUCGCCGUAAUACCGACUCUACCUGAUCCUAAUCUGCAACAGUCCUUUGCAGAGACAUAUUUUGAGUACUGUUAUCCGUGGUGCCCGGUCUUAGAUCGAGAUAGUCUAAGCGAGGACUUGAUGCAAUCUCCUCUGCUGAUCAACGCAUUGGCUGUGGUCGGAAGUCAUGUCAACCCACCCAUAAUCCCACACGAUGGGCCAGCCACAUAUUAUGAUAGAGCCCGUACUCGGUUCUACAAUGACGAGGAGGCAGAUGUGAUGACAUCUCUGAAAGCUAUUUCGCUAUUUUAUUGGUGGAGUCCUCGACCACCGACGAUUCUUCAUCGACACUCAUCCUGGUGGUGGACAUCAGUGGUGAUCAGGCAUUGUCAGCAACUCGGGAUUCAUCGCGAACCUCCCCUUGAUCAUCCUCUCCGACAGCAGGUAGAUUUAAGCAUGCGACGUCGCAUUUGGUGGACGGCAUUUGCCCGCGAACGUCUGACUGCCUUGUGCCAGAGCAAGCCGUGCGUCAUUGAUCCGGAGGACUGCUCACUCUCUGAGCCAACACUCGAAGACUUUCCUAAUCCAUUGUCAAAAGAAGACGGUGAGAUAUUCAUUUACUGGGUACGGCUAUGCGCCAUUAUUGGCAAGGUCGCGAAGUAUAUGGGGCGAACUUGCGACUCGGCUUCUUCCACCUUCCCAGCACACCUAGCGCGCGAGCUCAUAAACUGGGUACAAUCGUUGCCACAGCAUCUACAAUUACCAAUCGAUUCCGAUAGUACAAAAUCAUUCAAUAGGAACAUUCACCAGCUUCAUCUACCAUAUCUUGCUGUCAUCAUCGUCAUCCAUCUCAAACGGUCUUCCUCAUCACAGCCUCUGCCCCAGGCCUAUCCUCCAGCGAUACUGGCGGCAACGUGUAUGGCUCGUGUGAUGAGAGAUAUACUCUCGCGUGGUGGAACCAGAUUCCUCAUGGCCAUCACCGGCUGGUAUUGUGGAACGGCAUUUAUUGCCCUCCUACAAGCGCUGCGUAUAGAAGAUUUGUGCAAGGGCGCCAAUGAGGACCUCGACGUCCUCACCUUAGCCGUGGAUCAAUUGCGCAGAAUGUGGCCGACAGCGGGUGUUUUUUACUCAGGAUUUUCUCGACUACGACCAAGUACAGUCGUUCCGGACAUAGACUCUCAAAGAGGGCCUGGUCCCGAGCUAGGAGUGGGCGAUGGGUCCGGGUAUAUGGCGAUGGCGGACGGCAUUGAUUGGACUGCUUAUUUUCCAUUUGCGACGCCACAGACAAGUGUGGUUGCCAGUCGGCUGUUGAUCCCGCAUAAUGAGGAGCUGUAUUUUGACGAUGAUGUUUUUGCGGACACGAUGUUACAGUUCCAGGACUUGUUUGAGCCUUGUGAUACCCUGUCCGAUGCUAAUCUAUUUGCAUACUAA